AUGAAUAAGCCAUUGGAGAAAAAAAGUUUCAUGGAAUUCCUCAAAGCUCAUAGCCUUCUCAUUCUUGUGGUUUUAAGCCUCACCAUGUCUAGUAUCACAACUGUCACAAACUCUAUGUCUUCUUCUCAUAACCCAAACAAGGGAGCAUACUGGCCUUCAUGGGCCAAAAACUUUCCACCAUCAUCAAUCGACACCAAUCUUUUCACUCACGUCUAUUAUGCUUUUCUUUCUCCAAGUAACACCACAUUCAAGUUCGAAACAGAUGAUCCAACUGCUUUGUUGCUCAAAAACUUCACCACCACCCUUCACACUAAAAACCCUAAUCUCAAAACCUUGUUCUCCAUUGGAGGUGCCUCAGAAGGCUCGCUAAUCUUUUCACGCAUGGCUUCAAGUCAUAAAUCAAGAAAAACUUUCAUCCUUUCCACUAUAGAAGUCGCACGAAAGUUUGACUUUGAUGGGGUUGACUUAGACUGGGAGUUCCCAAAAACACCAAAAGACAUGAAGAACUUUCGUCACUUGCUUCAUGAAUGGCGUGUUGCAGUCAAGAAAGAAGCUAAAGCAAAUGAUACGCCUCAACUUCUUCUUUCUGCAGCUACUUACUACUCCCCAGAAGUUAACUUAGAUAAUAUACAUCGUAAGUAUCCAGUGGAUUCUAUAAACGAAAAUUUAGACUGGAUAAAUGCAAUGUGUUAUGAUUAUCGUGGUUCAUGGGAUCUCUCUGCAACCGGGUCUCCAGCCUUGUUAUAUGAUUCGAAUAGUAAUGUGAGCACAAGUUACGGGUUACAAGCAUGGAUCGAAGCUAAGAUUCAAAGAGAAAAGUUGGUGAUGGGGUUGCCACUCUAUGGUCGAACAUGGCAGCUAAAGGAUCCAACUUUAUAUGGUAUCGGAGCUCCGGCUGUGGAUGUGGGACCAGGGGAUGAAGGUCAAAUGCCUUAUGUAGAGGUGGAAAAGUUCAAUGCUCAAAACAGUGCAAAAGUGGUGUUUGACUUGUCAACGGUGUCGACUUAUUCUGUUGCAGGGACUUCUUGGAUUGGUUAUGAUGAUGUUAGAUCAGUGGCAUUAAAGGUUGCUUAUGCUCGAACACAAAAAUUGGGUGGAUAUUUCUUUUGGGCAGUUAAUGGUGAUCAAGAUUGGAAAAUCUCGACAGAAGCUUCAAGAACAUGGAGUCUUUGAAGAACGAUGGGAAGGGGUGUCAAAUAGAUGAGUGGAAUGUGGAUCAUUGUAUUUGUCUGAUUAUAUAUUAAAUGUUGAAGUUUGUAUUUUAAUUAUAACUAGAAAGGUUACCCCCGCUACGCGGGGGCCAGAAGCUUUCAAUGUUGUUUCCGAAUUGAUAAAUAUGACAGACAUAGAAAGUGCAAGG